CUUGAUUACAUUCCCGCUGGACGGCUGCGGCACGAAAGAAUACUCCGACCAAGCCGCUGGAUAUGCAACAACUAAAGUGACACGUUUUGAUAGCACGGUGAUCGUAAUGUUCGAUGCUGAGGCUCCGAUCCUGGAGGAAUGGGACCGCGCUCUGCAGGUCAGCUGCCAGCUCCAGGAGAUGCCAUACACCGUACUCAACACCGGCGUCUCCGUACCGAUGCUCGGAACGACUAAUGUACCGCCGGCUCGCAUACCUUUGCCCGAGGUCACGCUGAAGGUCGUUUACGGCAGGGACUAUAGAGCGACGUCAGCUGAUGUUCUUCACGUGGGAGAGUACGGCACGAUCGUCCUGUCCGUAUCCGACACAUAUUACUGGGAUAUUAAAGUCCACGCUUGCAUGGCUCAUGAUGGGACUGGAUACAAUGUUGUUAAUUUAUUCGACGAGAGAGGGUGUCCAGUUGCAACAAAAUUGGUUGAAAGUUUUAAGAAGGCAACGGAGCCGCAUCAGCAGGGUGAAGGCAGCGUAUUUGCUCACUUUAAAGCCUUCAAAUUCCCCGAUAAGCCGUCAGUGUACUUCCAAUGUACAGUGGAAAUCUGCUUCGAGCAAUGCCGUGAGGAUGAAUGUAGUUCGAGAGUUUACGAUACAAGAGAACAACUGACAUAUCAUAGGCUCCGCAAACGAGAUAUUAACCAUCAAUACAACGAAAAUAUGGCAAACGGCACGUCAUCCGACAUGCGCGACCUCUAUCGCAGCGUAAAUGUGUUAAUACCUGGAGACCAAAUUUCCAAGGAGGAUACAAAAUCCAUAUUGUUUAGCGAGAAGACGACGAGUGCGCUGUGCGUGAACAGGAAUGCUUUCGUGAUCGGACUCCUGAUUCUGUGUGCGAUGCUGACUGCUUCGCUCGCGGCGGCUGUCAUCUUCUACGUCAAGCUUCGAUACAGUGCGCCGAAACCAUUGCUGGACAACGUCCAAAUUUCUAUGAGACCUAAACACCCUUAAUUGCCUGCAUUAUAAGCCGAACGAUGAGGCGUAGAUAUAAGACGAGUUUACGUUAGAAACAAGUGUAUAACGCUUGUAACUAACCUACACGUGCGAACUAAUGUAAUCGUUUUUUCAUUCAAACACAAUUUAUAUUACAAAAUGCGGUAUAUAAUAUGUAUGUGUGUGUGUGUGUGUGCGUGUG